AUGGAGCUGUCGGCGGUGCGCUGCCCGGGGGGCAGCCAGGGGCUGUACACCAUCGGCCGGACCCCUCCGGGCGCCGGAGGGGCGGUGGAGGGGCAGGAGGAGCAGGAGGAGGAGGGGGGCAGCUCUCGCCCCCAGCGCCUGCUGUGGCAGACGGCCGUGCGCCACAUCACCCAGCAGCGCUUCCUCCACGGGCAGGCCGGGGGCAAGGGCGACGACCCCCGAGGGCCGGCCGGCCCUGGCGACGGGGCCACCAACGGGGCCACCAAGGUGUUCCCGGAGCGCAGCGGGGGCGAGCUGGGCUUCCUGCGCCUCGACUGCGCGCCCAGCAACUCGGACUUCUUCCUCCAUUGGGGGGCCACGUACCGGGGGGUCAUCUUCCCCACCCUGCGCAACGCCUUCAAGUCCCGGGACCUGGAGCGCCUGUACCAGCGCUACUUCCUGGGCCAGAGGCGCAAGUCGGAGGUGGUCAUGAACAUCCUGGACGUGCUGACCAAGCUGACCUGGCUGCUGCUGCACCUGGCCCUGGCCUCGGCCCCCAUGGACCCCCUCAAGGGCAUCCUGCUCGGCUUCUUCACGGGCAUCGAGGUGGUCAUCUGCGCCCUGGUCGGGGUGCGCAAGGACACCACUUCCCACGCCUACCUGCAGUACAGCGGCCUGGUGACCUGGGUGGCCAUGACCACCCAGAUCCUGGCCGCCGGGCUCGGCUACGGCCUGCUGGGCGACGGCAUCGGCUACGUGCUCUUCACCCUCUUCGCCACCUACAGCAUGCUCCCCCUGCCCCUCACCUGGGCCAUCCUGGCCGGACUGCUCACCUCCACCCUCCAGAUCGGCCUGCAGCUGGCCCUCCCCCGGCCGCUCGACGGCUCCGUCAACCAGAUAGUGGCUCAGGCGGUGUUAUUUAUGUGUAUGAACACAGCGGGAAUUUUCAUUAGCUACCUGUCAGACAGAGCUCAACGCCAAGCCUUCCUGGAGACUCGAAGAUGUGUGGAAGCGAGGCUGAGGCUAGAAACGGAGAACCAGAGACAGGAACGAUUGGUGCUGUCAGUCUUGCCUCGCUUCGUGGUCCUAGAAAUGAUCAAUGACAUGACCAACGUGGAAGACGAACACUUGCAACACCAGUUCCACAAGAUCUAUAUCCAUCGCUAUGAGAAUGUCAGCAUUCUCUUCGCAGAUGUGAAAGGAUUUACUAACCUUUCCACGACCUUGUCAGCACAGGAGCUGGUCAGGAUGUUGAACGAACUCUUUGCCAGAUUUGAUCGACUAGCCCAUGAACAUCACUGCCUUCGAAUUAAGAUCCUGGGAGACUGUUACUACUGUGUUUCUGGACUCCCUGAACCCCGGCAAGACCAUGCACACUGCUGUGUAGAAAUGGGUCUCAGCAUGAUCAAAACAAUCAGGUAUGUUAGAUCAAGAACAAAGCAUGAUGUCGACAUGAGGAUAGGAAUUCAUUCUGGAUCAGUGUUAUGCGGAGUCCUCGGCCUGCGGAAAUGGCAGUUUGACGUGUGGUCAUGGGAUGUGGACAUUGCAAAUAAAUUAGAAUCAGGUGGAAUUCCUGGGCGAAUUCACAUCUCAAAAGCCACCCUGGACUGCCUCAACGGUGAUUAUAAUGUUGAAGAAGGGCACGGGAAAGAGCGAAAUGAAUUCUUAAGGAAACAUAAUAUAGAGACUUAUUUGAUAAAGCAGCCAGAGGAGAGCCUAUUGACCCUGCCUGAAGACAUCAUGAAGGAGGCGGUCAGCUCCGUGGAUAAGCGAAACAGUGGGGCCACAUUUACCGAAGGAUCUUGGAGCCCCGAGCUUCCAUUCGAUAACAUUGUGGGGAAACAGAAUACUUUGGCUGCCCUAACAAGAAAUUCAAUAAAUCUGCUUCCAAACCAUCUUGCACAAGCUUUGCAUGUCCAGUCUGGGCCCGAGGAAAUUAACAAGCGAAUAGAGCACACCAUCGACUUACGGAGUGGCGAUAAAUUGAGAAGAGUGCAUAUCAAGCCUUUCUCACUGAUGUUUAAAGACUCCAGCCUGGAGUAUAAGUACUCCCAGAUGAGAGAUGAAGUCUUCAAGUCAAACUUGGUCUGUGCAUUCAUUGUUCUUGUUUUCAUCACAGCAAUCCAAAGUUUGCUUCCUUCUUCAAGGAUGAUGCCAAUGGUCAUCCAGUUUUCCAUUCUAAUUAUGUUGCACUCGGCCCUUGUGCUCAUCACCACUGCCGAAGACUAUAAAUGUCUGCCUCUUGUGCUACGAAAAAGUUGUUGCUGGAUAAAUGAGACCUAUUUGGCCAGGAAUGUGAUCAUCUUUGCCUCCAUCACGAUUAAUUUUCUGGGAGCGAUCAUAAAUAUCCUGUGGUGUGACUUGGACAAGACGAUUCUAAUGAAGAACCAGACUUUCAACUCUUCAGUCUCCUUCUCAGAUAUCUGCUCCUACCCUGAGUAUUUUGUCUUUACCGGGGUGCUGGCCAUGGUGACUUGUGCUGUGUUCCUUCGGCUCAACUCUGUGCUGAAGCUGGCAGUGUUACUGAUUAUGAUCGCCAUCUACUCCCUGCUCACGGAGACCAUUUAUGCAUCGCUCUUUCUUCGCUACGACAACUUCAAUCACAAUGGAGAGAAAGAUUUCCUGGGGACCAAAGAGGCAUCCCUGCUCCUGAUGGCUAUGUUUCUCCUAGCUGUAUUUUACCAUGGGCAACAGCUGGAAUACACAGCCAGGCUUGACUUCCUGUGGCGAGUGCAGGCCAAAGAGGAGAUCAAUGAAAUGAAGGAACUCAGGGAGCACAAUGAGAAUAUGCUCCGUAACAUCCUACCCAGCCAUGUCGCUCGGCACUUCCUGGAGAAAGACCGAGACAACGAAGAACUGUACUCUCAGUCCUAUGAUGCUGUUGGAGUGAUGUUUGCUUCUAUCCCGGGAUUUGCCGACUUUUACUCUCAGACGGAAAUGAAUAACCAAGGGGUGGAAUGUCUGCGUCUGCUAAAUGAAAUUAUCGCUGACUUUGAUGAGUUACUUGGGGAAGACCGAUUUCAAGACAUUGAAAAGAUUAAAACCAUCGGCAGCACCUACAUGGCUGUAUCAGGCUUAUCACCUGAUAAACAGCAAUGCGAAGACAAGUGGGGUCAUUUAUGUGCUCUGGCUGACUUCUCUCUCGCCCUGAACGAAAGCAUCCAGGAGAUCAACAAGCAUUCAUUUAACAAUUUUGAGCUCCGCAUUGGUAUCAGCCAUGGAUCGGUGGUGGCAGGCGUGAUCGGUGCGAAGAAGCCGCAAUAUGACAUCUGGGGCAAAACGGUGAACCUAGCCAGUCGUAUGGACAGCACAGGGGUGAGCGGCAGAAUUCAAGUGCCCGAGGAGACGUACCUCAUCCUAAAGGACCGAGGCUUUGCCUUUGACUACCGAGGAGAGAUUUAUGUCAAGGGCAUCAGCGAGCAGGAAGGAAAAAUCAAAACAUAUUUUCUUCUAGGAAGAGUACAACCAAAUCCUUUAAUCUUACCGCCAAGGAAAUUGCCUGGACAGUAUUCCUUAGCAGCUGUUGUCCUCGGACUUGUACAGUCACUUAACAGGCAGAGGCAGAAGCAAAUACUGAAUGAGAACAACAACUCUGGAAUAAUUAAGGGACAUUACAACCGACGGACUUUGUUGACUUCCAGUGGAUCCGAGGCAGCAGCCCAAGCAGAAAGUGUGGACAAACCUGACUUGCCAUAAAUACCAUUUUCUUUGUGUUCAUUUUUUUGUAUUUCUUUUAUAUAUAAAAUAAAUGCGCUAAUAAAAAGGGUUUAAUUUUUUUUUA